UCACUACUUAGCUUGGCCUCUUUAUUGGCUCUCUCAAGGCAUCGUCUUCACCGGCCUCUGGGUCAUCGCUCAUGAAUGUGGCCAUCAUGCCUUCAGUGAUUACCAAUUCCUAGACGACCUCGUUGGCUUCCUCCUCCAUUCUUCCCUCCUCAUCCCUUACUUCUCUUUCAAAAUCAGCCACCGCCGCCACCAUGCCAACACUGCAUCCCUCAACCGCGACGAGGUCUUCGUCCCCAAGCUCAAAUCCAAAAUCCCUUGGUAUUUCAAACACUUAACCAACCCACCCGCUAGACUCUUCAUUAUUGUCAUGACCCUCACACUUGGCUGGCCAAUGUACUUAGCCUUCAACAAUUCAGGCCGUGUCUAUGAUAGAUUCACCAGCCACUACGAUCCAAACAGCCCAAUAUUCACCGAAAAGGAACGACUUCAAGUUCAAAUAUCCAAUGCGGGAGUCUUAACCAUUUUAUACUUACUCUACAAAUUGGCUGUUACAAAAGGAAUCACGUGGGUCAUUCGACUGUACUUACUGCCUUUAACUGUUAUGAAUGUGUUUGUGGUGUUGAUAUCAUCUUUACAACAUACACACCCUUCAUUGCCGUAUUACGAUUCUAGUCAGUGGGAUUGGCUGAGAGGGAAUUUAGUCACGGUUGAUAGAGAUUACGGGAAGAUUUUGAAUAAAAUGUUACAUAAUAUAACGGAUACACAUGUGAUUCAUCACUUGUUCCCUUCAAUGCCGCAUUACAACGCGGCGGAGGCGACGAGAGCGGUGAAGGAAGUGCUGGGAGAGUACUAUCAGUUUGAUGAGACGCCUAUCUUGAAGGCUGCAUGGAGGGAGUUUAGAGAAUGUGUUUAUGUAGAGGAAGAUGAUAAUGAGGAGGGGGAUUCAGAAGGUUUUAGAAGUAAAGGGGUGUUUUGGUUUCGUAACAAGCUUUGAAUAACUUUAAUUUAUCUCUUGGUUUUGGUGUUUCAUCGUAUUCAUAUUCUAUGUAUAAGUUGUUCCAAAGCAUACUCCUAUAUAUAUCCAAUUAACAUUAUGAAUAUAUAAAAAAGAAGGAGCACUUUUAAAUAAAAAUAUUUAUCUA